GAGCUGCCACAAUCCUCAUCUUCGUUGUUAGUCCAUUGUCACGCUGGACUCGGUCGCACUGGAGUUUUCAUCGCUCUCGACGUCGCUUUGAGACAAUUAUAUCAAAACAAUACAGUGAAUAUAAAGGGCGUGGUAGAGAAAAUUCGAGAAAAACGUGCACGAGCAGUGAUGAAUCCGUGGCAGUACGCUUACAUUAAUGUGGUAGUUGCUGAGAAGGCAUUACAAUGUGGCGCGUUGUCUUCAUGUGUAGGUGGCCAUAAUGUUCGACAGUUAAUUGAUCGAAUGUGGACGGAUUUGUUUGACGAAGUUCACCGUCAGUUUCAGGGAAACAUACUGACAUAUACCCCAGAAAUGAUGUAUUCGAGCUAA